GGUCCAGUCAUUGGAUUCCGUGCCCAGACAAAUCCCAUUCUACUGUUGCAGUUUAGUCCAACAUAAUUUGUUCACUCUUUAACCUGAUACAUUAAACAUAGACAUAGUUAGCAUAGUCUUGAAAAAAUGCUUUUCGGAGCGCUGACGUUAGGUAUGUGUUUAUGCAAUCUUAUCGAUGCUAAACAAAAAGAUUUUUACACUUUCAAGGUAGUUAAUAGCAGAGGAAGAUUAGUGUCUCUGGACAAAUACAGGGGUUCGGUGUCUCUGGUGGUGAAUGUAGCCAGUGAGUGUGGUUUCACAGAGGAGCAUUACAGAGACCUACAGCAGCUGCAGCGGGACUUAGGGCCAUAUCACUUCAACGUGAUGGCCUUCCCCUGCAACCAGUUUGGUCAGCAGGAGCCUGGUAGUGACAAGGAGAUUGACAGCUUUGUGCGUCGUGUCUAUGAUGUCUCCUUUCCACUUUUUAGCAAAAUUGCUGUGGUGGGAACCGGGGCUAACAACAUCUAUAAGUACCUUGCAGAGGCAACUGGGAAGGAACCCGACUGGAAUUUCUGGAAGUAUCUCAUUGAUGUAAAUGGAAAGGUAGUUGAUGCAUGGGGGCCAAGUGUUCCUGUCAAAGAAAUCAGACCCCAAAUCACGGAAAUGAUACGCCAGAUCAUCUUAAAGAAGAAAGAAGAACUUUAACACAAGACUUUAAAUCCCAAAUAGGGUUUGUGGUUUACUGUAUGUAACCAUCACAUGUUUAGUGAUAGUUUGAAUGCCAUCAGGCGCCACAAACACAACUAUCAUUUAUGUGUUUUGUUGUUCUUUUUGUUGGUGAAGGUGUUUGUUUGUUUGUUAUUCUUAUUAGAAUAUGAGUGUCACCACUAUCUUGAAUUUACUUUGUCAAGGUAAAAUUUUUUAAUAAAUAGUUUCAUCAUGAUUGUGCAUUAGUAACGAUCAAUCAUUCUCCAUAAAAACGUUCUGUUGACAUAUGUAAUGGGGAAUCUUUGUCCGACUAUCGAUUUAGAAUACAAAUUAGUCCUCUGCAAUUCAUGUUUGAGGGGAAUGUUAUGCUUGUGUUGAAAUGUUCUUCAUACAAAUGGUAUGUGUACAACAAACUCCUCAAAGUAGAGGAUUUCUACAUUGGAUUUCUUCAAUGUUUCUAAUUGUCUAAGCAGAAGUGGUAGUGAAAGUUUGACAUCUUAGUUUGUCUUUUUUGCAAUCAAGGUUCGGGAAAAUAGUGCUUAGAGAAAUUGGAGCAAAACAACCUUUAUAUAUUGGUAUGCAAGUCAUACAAAGAGAGGGCAUGUUGCAAACACGUUGACCCCCAAUGAACAACAUAAUUAAUUGUGUUUCCCUGUUAUAGUCAUUUUACAUGUUAAAUGUUUUUCAAAAGUGGUUCUGGCAUCUAUCACACAGAGACGAUUAGAUCUGAAAGCAGAAGGCCAAGUUAGCACAGGAACCAGUCCACGCUUCAAUUUCUGUGAAAUCUAAAACAAGCUGAGCAGUAUUUAAGUGAGCCUAGCCGAGCAUCCAUUGUGUUACUCUUUAGCCUUAGUCUCUUGCCAUUCACCAAUUAGUGGAAAUUACAUAAAGGUUAAAGGGUUUCAAUCAAGGACCAUUACUAAUUUCCGGGGAUCUUAGUGGAACAGUAAAGCAGCAUUUAAAAGCUGGACACUGGAUGUCUUUUUUUUUUCUCUGCCUUCCCUGUUCCUGUACAAUGUGAUGUUUAUCAGUGGUAUAUCUCAGAUAAUCUUUCAAUACACACAUAUUUGUCUAGUUGAUCUUUAUCGUCACAGUGCUUCAAAAGUGUAAAAGCGGAGGUUCUGAAAAACUGGUCAGUCAAAACCAGGGGCACAGAAUGUUGUGGUAGUGGGGGGGAUUAAUCUCAUAGGGACCCCUGUUUGUCCCAUCACUUUUGAGAAUAAUCUUUUUUCUGAUGAGCUGUAGUGCAUUCAAACACCAUACACACAUUUCUUGCUGUCUCUCGUUUUUCCAUUAUUACAAUACCCCCCUUAUACAAUAAAGGAGAAGUAACUGACACACAA